CCUUUGGAUGCAUCAAUCAGGAAAAGCCCCUUCCCCCAAGGCGGUGGGGGACCUCCACCCCAAGCCCUUCUUCCUGGGGAGGGAGUGAAGCUGUGGGGGCUACAAGGGGUUUCCUGGAGGCCAGGAGAGGUUGAGGGUCCAUAUAUUGAGGGGUGUCCAGGAGGGGAUCCCCCCCUGCAGAUUUGCAAAGCAGUCUUUCGGGGGGAGGAAGCGGGAAAGGGGGGCAAGAGGAGCCCCCCUUGCUUAGGGGGGACCCGGGGUGCGGGGAAAGUCAGAGCCCCAGAAGGGUCCCCCAACCCCCGUCUGCGUGAAUGUGGGGAGGGGGAGGGAAGACGGGACACCAAAGAUCAAACUAAGUCCCCCCACCCCUGCCGCCAGCCUCACUCCGCGCGAGACUAGGGAGUCCGCAGUGCGCAGGCGCUCUCUGGCUGACUGAAAAUGGAGGGGGCUGAUUGGCCAAACUGGAGUCGGCGGCGAUUGGCUGGAGGGCUCCUUGGGCGGUCCUUCUAAAUGAAGGGUGCCCCCUGCCGAUCCUGUUAGGAGGAGACAUUCCGAUGCGCAGGUGCCCUCUGGCUCUUUGAAGGAAAUAGGACGCCGAUUGGCCCUUCUGGGGAGGGCGGUGAUUGGCAGGAGGAGGGCUUGGGGCGGUCCUUUCAGAGGAACAGGAGGAGCUUCGGCUUUCCUACCUGGAAGAGCGUAAAGACAGGGAAGCCUCCACUUCCGGAAACUAAACGGAGAACCGGGAAGCUGCCUGAAUCGGCGACAAAAGAGCCCGGAUAAAGCAGAAGGACCGAGGUGCCCGGCGGGGGAAGGAAGGAAGCGCCGCCCGAGAGGAGGAGAACGUGCCCCGCGGAGCAGCCCUGCCCGGUGCUGGCGCGCCUUCCUCGGGAGACGGCGGGGAAAGGUCGGGAGGCUCCGGGGCUGCAGGAGGGAUGAGCCCAGGGGGACCCCGAGAAAGGCGGCUGCCUGGAGACGGAUGCGAAGAGAAGGAAAUGGGCGGAGACUCCAAAACAGUCUUGGAGGACGGAAGAUCCUUCCGAAAACGCCGGAAAACCCAAAGGAUCCAGGAGUGUGGAAAGAAAUAUCAGUGCUCCGAAUGUGACAAAUCGUUCAAGGCAAAUAACCAACUUCAAACGCAUCUAAGAAUCCAUUCAGGAGAGAAACCUCAUAAGUGCCUGGAAUGUGGAAAAAGCUUCAGUCAGAGGGGCACCCUUUAUACACAUCAAAGAAUCCACACAGGAGAAAAACCUCAUAAAUGCCUGGAGUGUGGAAAGAACUUCAAUAAGAGGGGCACCCUUUAUAUACAUCAAAGGAUCCACUCAGGAGAAAAAACGCAUAAAUGCCUGGAGUGUGGAAAGAGCUUCAGUCAGAGGGGCCACCUUUAUUCGCAUCAAAGGAUCCACACAGGAGAAAAACCUCAUAAAUGCCUGGAGUGUGGAAAGAGCUUCAGUUGGAGAGGCCACCUUUAUUCACAUCAAAGGAUCCACACAGGAGAAAAACCUCAUAAAUGCCUGGAGUGUGGAAAGAGCUUCAGUGAGCGGAGCAGUCUUUAUAAACAUCAAAGGAUCCACACAGGAGAAAAACCUCAUAAAUGCCUGGAGUGUGGAAAGAGCUUCAGUCAGAGGGGCCACCUUUAUUCACAUCAAAGGAUGCACACAGGAGAAAAACCUCAUAAAUGCCUGGAGUGUGGAAAGAGCUUCAGUGAGCGGAGCAGCCUUUAUAAACAUGAUCCACACCUCCGUCAACAUCAAAUAAUUGACACAGGAGAAAAACCACAUAAAUGCCUCAAAUGUGGAAAGUGUUUCAGUCGGAGAGUACAUGUGUAUGAACAUCAAAGAAUCCACUCAGGAGACAAACCACAUAAAUGUGUGUGCAACAAGCUUCAGUCAGAGAUGAAACCUUUGCAUACAUCAAAAAAUCCAUUCAGGAUGUGCGGAGAGAAGUCUUAA